AUUUUUAUCAAAAAAUUUUUAUCGAAGUAUUUUUUUAGUGUUGUUUAGAUUCCAUUUAUAAUUGUAAAUAUACAAAUGGUUGAGAUUUUCCCUAUUGGCAAAAAUAAUAAGGUUCAGGCCCUGGAAAAGGCUGAAUUAAAAAAAUUAGAAGGAAACAAAAUGUUCUCCGAAAACAACUUCCUAUCGGCAAUUGAACACUAUUCAGAAUCAAUUCGCCUUGUGGAGGACUCCCAUUUAGUUUCCAAUUUUAAAAAAGAGGGUUAUAAUUGGAUCACUCCGGAGCUCAGGAAGACAAAUCUGCACCAAUACUACUCAAAUCGCGCCAUUUGUAACAUAAAAAUAGAAAACUAUGGUUCAGCGAUUUCCGACGCCAAUAUGGCUAUUGAACUAAGGCCUGAUUUUUUCAAGGCAUAUUAUCGUAGAGGCUGUGCAUACCUUUGUUUGUUGAAGUUUCAGGAUGCGGAAACAGAUUUUUUGAAGGUUCUUUCAUUAUGUAACGAUCCUACUGCUAGGAUGAAGUUGAAGGAGUGUAAGAAGAUAAUUCGUGAACAAAAGUUUUCUGAAGCUAUAACUAGAGAGUCACCUCCACCCUUGCAUGAAACCAUUAAUGUUGACUCUAUUCAAGUUGAUCAGGGCUAUACUGGUCCAGUGUUUUCCUUUAAGGAGCCCAUGAAUCAUCUUGAUAAGUCUUACCUUUUCCACAACACCUUGGAAUACAUCAAGGUCCCUGGAAACACUAUUCACAAGAAGUAUGUGUGUAUGAUUAUAUUGGAAGUGAUAAAAAUCAUAAGAGAGUAUGAAUCUGUUGUCGAUGUGAAUGUUUACCCAAGUGAUGAGUUAACUGUUUGCGGAGACAUUCAUGGACAGUUCUAUGACUUGCUGAACAUAUUCUCAAUUAAUGGCGAACCUAGUGAUGAAAACAGUUAUUUGUUUAACGGGGAUUUUGUCGAUAGGGGCUCAUUUUCUUUUGAGUGUGUUUUUACUCUGUUUCUUGCCAAGGUUUUAUUUCCCUCUUCUUUCCACAUUGUUAGAGGAAAUCACGAAACUGAAGCCCUUAACAAGUGUUACGGGUUCAAGGGAGAGAUAUUGAACAAGUAUGACGAGAAAGUAUACAGCCUUUUUUGUGAAUCCUUCCGAUACUUGCCACUAGGUUACUUAAUAAACAAAAAGGUUCUAAUUAUUCAUGGAGGACUGUUUGGAACUGAUAACGUCACCAUCGAAGACCUUAAAAAGAUCGACAGGUUCAAAGAACCUUCUGAUUCUGGAUUAAUGACAGAUAUGUUAUGGUCUGAUCCCAAACCUUCCAAUGGAUUAUCACCAUCCAAGAGGGGUGUAGGCUUCGAAUUUGGGCCUGACAUAUCUAACUCAUUCAUAUCCAAAAACAACCUUUCAUACAUUAUAAGGUCCCAUGAGGUAAAGCAGGAAGGUUACGAGGUUGAACAUGAGGGCAAAGUCAUCACCAUUUUCAGCGCUCCAAACUAUUGUGACCAGAUGGGAAACAAGGCGGCCUUCAUAAGGAUUAAAGGCGACACUCUUGAGCCUAAGUUUACACAGUUUGAGGCGGUUGAACACCCUCCGAUAAGGGCCAUGCAUUACGCAAAUCCCCUAUUCAGUGGAAUUUAUUAAUCGUACUUGAAAUUGAAGAUCAAAAAAUUUUUUUUCAAUUUGUUUCCUAACA